AUGCUUUGGGACGGAGUCAAGCUCCUGCUGUUUCUGUCCCUUUGCCAAGCCAAUGCUCUACCAUUAGCAAGCCAGCUCUCAGAAGAAGAUGAGAAGGUGACCAAAUGCAUCAUGGAAAUUCUCGCAGACACUCUUUCCAAACCCAGUCCCGUUCCAGUGACCAGCGACUGCAUGAAAAUCCUUCGGGAGGAUGAAAGAGUUCUGGCGAUGCUUCACCAUCAGCAUCUGCUGACAGAGCUGGAAGACCUGGCACACCAAGAGAACGCGAAGCAUCGUCUGGGACACGAAGACGGCCGUGACCCUUGGGAAGGAGAAGGUGAGGAGCGGGAGGAGGUGAAGAAGCGGGAGGAGAGGCCUGGCAAGCAGAGAGAAGCAGCAGCUUCUGAGAAGACGCAGGAGCAAGACGGGAUGUGGAAGGAAGAGGGCCAGGGUCUGAAGGAGUACCAAAAGACAGAAAAGAUCGAGGAGAAGGUGAAGGAAGUCUCCCACGGAGAGGACAAUCGGGAGGCUUUGGAAGAGGAGGCAGCCAAAGAGGAGAUGGAGGAUAAAGGUGAAGAAGACGAGUCGAGGAAGAAGAAGAAGAGGGCCUCCUCGGAGACUUGGUCCUCCCAGGAGUAUUUUGGCCACAUGAAGAACAGAGGUUCUGGGGGGCCAAAAAUCAGGGAGGUGAUGCUUCGAGGAAGUCAGGAUGAUGUCAAGAGAAGCAGCUCAGACAAGAGGCCCUUUGAGUUGGAGGAAGAAGAGGAAGAAGAUGACCACUCUGAAGAGAAGCCAAGGAGCCACCACCAUGGAGGCCACCACCACGAGGACUGGGAGGAGGAGGAGGAGGAAGGAGAGAAGAGGAGGAGGAGGAGGGCUGAUCUGUCCAAACGAGUGGCCGAGAAGGCCAGUGAUGAGGAGACGGCCCAGUUUGAAGAGAAAGGGGUGAAGAUCUCCAACUCCAAGGGCCAUCUUCAUGGAGGCUGGAAGCCCUGGCCAGAAGAAGAGGAGGAGGAGGAAGGUGAGACAAGGUACGGCCACCACCAUAGACCAGCCAGCAUGGACCUCAAGAGACAUCACCAGGAGGAUUAUCCAAAAGGCAGGCACCACAGCCACGAAGAGGAUGAGGGAGGAAGGGAGGCUGGCCAGAACGAGGAACAGGAGCUGGAGAAGCUCGAAGAGAUUGAGCACGACCUUCAAAAGGCUGCUGAGAAACUGCGGGAGCUGAAGAGGAGCUCCCCUCUUCCAUCACGGCAUGGGCAGGUUUAG